GGAAACCAAAGUCCGGUGUGGCGGGACUAGUCGAAAUCGCGAGGUUUAAACUUGAUAAUGGACCAGAGUCUUGAUGAUAUUAUUCAACAGAAGCGCAUCAGAGUAACUAGAGGUAGAGGUCGUGGACGCGGUCGUGGUGGCGAAUCUUUGCGGGGUGUGCGUCGUGGUGGAAUUGCGCGACGAAACACAAAUGGAAUGUCACGAGCCUUACCUGACAAAUGGCAGCACGAUAUGUUCCAAGAUGGUCGUAGCCCCAAAGGAUCUGGUAAUACAGGUGGAAAUGCAGCGAGGUUGCACAUUUCAAACUUGGACUUUGGUGUUAACAAUGAUGAUAUAAAUGAACUUUUUCGGGAGUUUGGUGCAAUUCGAAAGGCUACUGUCCAUUAUGAUAGGAGUGGUCGUUCUCUUGGCACCGCAGAAGUCGUUUUCGUGAACCCACUUAGUGCAACAAAAGCCAAAAAUCACUACAAUGGUGUACCGCUUGAUGGACGCCCAAUGGUCAUUCAGUUGGUCGGUGCAGGUUAGUCAACAAACAGUCAGCCACGUCGACCAGGAAAUCACUUCCGUAGCAACUGUUGACUUCGUUACCAUUCAGUGAUGUUCCACCUUGUUUGGGAAGAUAGUGCUUCCAAACUGACGUGCUGCCAGUAUAUGUUUUUGUUGUUUUCUAAUGCUGGAAUGUCUAAAACUUGUAAUUCAUGGUGUUACCAACUAUGGAGCAAAUCCACUUUUUCUCGGGGAUUCUCACCUGCAUCAUUUUCAAAUGGUUGGACAUUGGCGAGGAGCAUAGUGGAAUUCGCCGUUGUCUCGAGGUUCUGGUAUUACCAUAAUCAUGGGCAGGGAGGUUUCCUUAGUUUUUCUUUAUUUUGUGGGUGUGAUUGAGUGUUUUCACUUGGGAACACUUAAUGUCUACCAUAUCAUGUGUUCUGCGAAAAUAUCUGCCAGAAUUAUAACGAAUAAUUGAGCUUAAAGUUCUAUAUUGGCACUAACGAACCUGAACCGCGCAUAUAAUGAACUGAAGUUAAAUUUCAUUUCGAUAAUAAAAUGGCAACAGUUUUGAUGUUGUUAAAGACUCACUAAUUGACACGUAUUUUAUUCCUCAAGCUGUUGAAACUACUGUAACAUCACGUCCCCGCGUUACUCGCCCUCGUGGUUCACCGAUUCGUCGGGGUUUCGGACGUGGUCGAGGUCGUGCACGUGGUCGCGGAAGAAUUCAGAAACCUACAGUUACUAAGGAAGAAUUAGACGCACAGUUGGCUGCUUAUAAUGCUCAGGUAAUCCGCAGAUCUUUGUUAAUAUGUUUCUAAGUUUGACUCCCGAGAAUGUAAACCUGCUUCAAUUAUACCCUGAUUUGUCUGACUUAUUAAGCAUCCAGACAAAAGUAGCCGUUUAGUUCUCUGCUUAUUUAUUUAUUUUAACACAUCGGUACAAGAAGGCACCAAAUACAUAUGCGCCACACAGAUCUCAUUGGAUAUGUGUGAGGGCUGUGAUACUGCCCGGGUGCCCAGACCGAAGCAGGUGGUUUUCUUAGGGGGCCAAGUUCUCUACUUAACUUUCUCCAAAUCAUAAGCGCCUAAACGAGUCCAGGCUGUCCUUAACAUGGGUUCAGAAAUGCUAUUACAGUUCGGCUUGAAAUAUAAACACUAGUGUGAGUAUUCAGUUCGUAAAUGAUGCUAUGCAACUUGAUCAGGGUUUUAGGUUGGCCACAUACCUAAUAAUUAUGUAUCUAGACGUCUAUAAAAUGUAAUUUACUAGUCAUAUGAUUGGUGUCAAGUUUUCCUUUUGUGCUCGUAAAGUUGAAAUUCUCUUGUUGGUCAGUGCAAUGUGAGACUAUGAUUUAAGAAGCCCUUCAAGUAUAUAAUGUUAUCGAUAUAAUUGUCAUUUAUCUUGAUCCACUGAUUGAUCUGAGUCAUGUUUAAAAGACAGACUGUUUGGUUGGGCCUUAAUACUUGUAUGCAAUGACCGUAGAUGUUAACUGACAUGAGGCUAGAACCAGUCCUAGUAUCGCGGCUGCAUUCGUUUUCUGUCCUCUAAAUCACCAGUUAAGUAUCAUCCCUAGAUGUCCAGUCCAACUGCUAACCAUAUUUUCUGUUUACAAUGUUACUAUGUAAGAUUGACUCAAAGUUAAAACACGCUCUUGUUCCUAUUUACCUAGGAUCCGUUGCAUUUUUUGUUUAGCUCUGUUUUCAAAUUUUGCUAUAAUAUGGGUUACGUAUUAGAGCUAUUUUGAAAAUUACUCAUUUUUUUGCUUUGGUGCAAUCUACGUGCUUCAGUUCCACAGUUGCCGACUACAAGAACUAAAACUGCAUUUUUAGGAUCUUGUGUAACUUCCAGUUUAAAUAAUCUCAAAUGCACGAAAAAUCUGCCUUUCCCUUCGCUUCUCUACAAUGCUAUUUAGUAAAGAAUAUUAAUAACUACUGACUGAUAGUGAAUUGUAAGCAAAUGUACAUUGAGUUAAGUUGCCAUGCUUCGCAGCUUAGCAAUUAAAAGAGAACAAACCAAAGUAGUUAAAAAAAACUCGGUAGUGGAGAAUUAAAUAGAAAGCUUAUCUGGAUGUGCAUUUACCACCUUAUUCAACAAAGCUCGUCUCGAUCUGUUUGCUGUUUCUAAACAGUGUUAUACAACUUUACCCGGCAUUAUUUACGCAGCGGUUAAAGUACACAUAACUUUAAAGGCAUUCUUAAUCUAUUAUAGACAAUCUUUAUACGUGUUUUUAGGCUGUUUCACAGUACCAAAGUAAUAGCAAUCUAAAUGCUUCCUCGUAUACUCGCUCUUUGAUUUGACAUGCUCCUAAAUGCCGAACGAACUUCUAUUAGUGUUGCGACUUAUUUACUCUUAGAUCUUGAGAAGGGUUCCAUAAUAAGUAGGUUAAUAAGCGUAAGUUCUUUCCAACACACAGUUAGCGCUUACACCAUUUUUCACUGAAAGGGAAUAAAACCCAUUUUAUUAUUCAAAAGUUUGAAUUCCAUCACAACCAAACAGGAGCCUGUCAUUUGUUCACUAAUUUGAUGAGAGUUUCUGGUUAUAAGGCUAAUCCCUAAGCAGAGUUAUUUCUAGAGACAUUAUCAAAGGAUCACUAGAAUUUACCUAUCAAAACCUAAUACUUUUUCGCCUCAAAACUACAGUACUUUUUUAAGAGUUGUCAAUUUCAGUCAGGUUGUCGGUGGAUCAUAAGAUCAUAAUGAGUAGCUGCAGCUUAGUUAAACUGUUCCGCAUGAUAUUGCGCACAUUUUUCUAGUCGACCAAUCUUUGAGUUAGUCUGUGCCCCCUUUUUUAGCAAUAGUUUUGUUAAUAGCCAACUCUCUUUCACUUUGGCAAGUUUAAAGACUUGUGUACUAAUGCCUAACUUUUCUACCUUUUCAAUUUUUAGAGCCAAGUCGCCCCCGCUCAUAAUUGUCCUUAAGGCUGGGCAAAAUAACUUGACUCAGUAGACUCUAGCAUCUCUCAGUCUUUUGGUUAAAUUUACUGUAACAGUUCUUAGUGUCUUUUUGUGCGAAUGAAGAGAAGUGGUCUCAAAUAUUAUUGGAAUAGUUUUGAAUUUCUUGCAAACAUUAGUACAUCUGAACCUUGUUAUCAUAGGACAAACACUUCUGUUUUCUUGUUAAUAAGGUAGGUAAGUUUGUCUGUUUAGUACAGCUAUUUCUUUUAAUUAAUAGCAUUAACAAUAGAAUGUCAUUACUGUCUGACGCACACAUCACGUACAUAUCUAUCUAGUUCAUUUUUCGAAGAACUGAUGGUUCAUUAUCAGCUUGUUAGUAGUUUCUCUCGUGCAUUGACCUCCAGUGCUUAUUCAUACUAAACUGUAUCUUUAUUUCGUUCUAUUUUCAGCGUGCUUGAUCUGUUCUCACAACCUCUUUUUUUGGAGUAGACUCGACACAAUCUGUCAACUCCAAAUCUCUUGUCCCUAUUUAAUGUAUGUCUUCUGAGUCCAUAUGAAAAAUAAAACAAUUUAUUAUAUAAAAGUUUCA